CUACCGAAUACUAGCGAAUUCCUUAUAAACAUCAACAAGUAUUUUUUGACGUAUCGUUCGACAGAUUUAAAACGAGAAUAUUUGCUAUUAAAAAAUAUUUGUCCAUUUGUUUAACGUAAGGCAUUGAACGAAAUGCCGUACGCUAAUCAACCAUCGGUCCAUAUCUCGGAUUUAACCGAGGAGAAUGUCAAAUUUCAAGUAGAAGACACCGAAUUAAGCGUAGCGAACAGUAUGAGGCGCGUUUUCAUCGCCGAAACACCUACUAUGGCUAUCGACUGGAUUCAGUUAGAAGCCAAUUCAACGGUUCUAAGCGACGAGUUCCUGGCUCACAGAAUUGGAAUGAUACCUUUAAUUAGCGACGAUGUCGUAGAUAGAAUACAAUAUACAAGGGACUGUCAAUGUAUGGACUUCUGUCCAGAAUGUAGCGUGGAGUUUACCCUUGAUGUAAAAUGCACAGAGGAUCAAACAAGACAUGUAACGACUGCAGACUUUAAGUCCAGUGAUCCAAGAGUACUUCCAGUUACAUCUAGGCACAGAGAAGAUGAUGCCAGUGAAUAUGGAGAAACAGAUGAGAUUUUAAUAGUGAAGCUACGUAAAGGACAAGAGUUGAAACUAAGAGCGUAUGCCAAAAAAGGCUUUGGAAAGGAACAUGCAAAGUGGAACCCAACUGCUGGUGUAAGUUUCGAAUAUGAUCCAGACAAUUGUAUGAGACACACUCUGUUUCCAAAACCUGAUGAAUGGCCAAAAUCCGAAUACAGUGAAUUAGAAGAAGAUCAGUAUGAAGCACCGUUCAAUUGGGAAGCUAAGCCAAACAAGUACUAUUUUAAUGUUGAAAGUAGCGGUGCUUUAAAGCCUGAAAACAUCGUAAUGAUGGGUAUUGCAGCAUUGAAAAAUAAACUGUCUAAUUUGCAGACACAGUUAAGUCAUGAAGUUCAAAGUGAUGCAUUGAGUAUUCAUCACUGAUGAAUGUGUGGUAUUAACAACUUAGAAAUAAAGUCAUUGUCAGCUAUUCUUCU